GCUUGUAUAGAUGAUAACGUAGAUAUGGUGAAAUUUCUGGUGGAAAAUGGAGCAAAUAUUAAUCAACCAGAUAAUGAAGGCUGGAUACCUCUACAUGCAGCUGCUUCCUGUGGAUAUCUUGAUAUAGCAGAGUAUUUAAUUAGUCAAGGAGCACACGUAGGAGCUGUAAAUAGUGAAGGAGACACUCCAUUAGAUAUUGCUGAAGAAGAGGCAAUGGAAGAGCUGCUUCAAAACGAAGUAAAUAGACAAGGAGUUGAUAUCGAGGCAGCUCGAAAAGAAGAAGAACGGAUAAUGCUUAGAGAUGCAAGGCAGUGGCUCAACAGCGGCCAUAUCAAUGAUGUCAGGCAUGCAAAAUCUGGUGGUACAGCACUUCAUGUAGCUGCUGCUAAGGGCUAUACAGAAGUCUUAAAGCUUUUAAUACAGGCUCGCUACGAUGUAAAUAUUAAAGAUUAUGAUGGCUGGACACCACUUCAUGCUGCUGCUCAUUGGGGUAAAGAAGAAGCAUGUCGCAUUUUAGUGGAAAACCUUUGUGAUAUGGAGGCUGUCAACAAAGUGGGCCAGACAGCAUUUGAUGUGGCAGAUGAAGAUAUUCUAGGGUAUUUAGAAGAAUUACAGAAGAAGCAGAAUCUGCUUCAUAGUGAAAAACGGGAAAAGAAAUCUCCCCUAAUUGAAUCUACAGCCAUGGAUAAUAAUCAGACGCAAAAAACAUUCAAGAAUAAAGAAACCUUGAUUAUGGAGCAAGAAAAGAAUGCAUCUAGUAUAGAGUCUCUGGAGCAUGAAAAAGCAGAUGAGGAGGAAGAGGGAAAGAAGGAUGAAUCCAGCUGUUCUAGUGAAGAAGAUGAUGAUGACGACUCAGAAUCUGAAGCAGAGACAGAUAAGACCAAACCCUUGGCAGCUGUAACUAAUAAUGCAAAUACCACCAGUACACAAUCAGCUUCUGUAGCUGUGACAGCGCCUUCAGUAACUGGUGGUCAAGGAACACCUACAUCACCUGUUAAGAAGUUUCCAACAUCGGCAGCCAAGGUUUCUCCCAAAGAGGAAGAGAGGAAAGAUGAAUCUCCAGCUUCUUGGCGGUUAGGGCUUCGAAAAACUGGUAGUUAUGGUGCACUUGCAGAGAUUACUGCUUCCAAGGAAGCUCAGAAAGAAAAGGACUCUGCAGGUGUUAUGCGUUCCGCUUCAAGCCCUAGACUCUCCUCUUCGUUGGACAACAAAGAAAAGGAGAAAGAUGGAAAAGGAGCUAGACUUGCCUAUGUUGCACCUACAAUACCAAGACGACUGGCCAGUACCUCUGACAUUGACGAAAAAGAAAAUAGGGACUCGUCUGCUAGCUCAAUACGUGGUGGCAGUUCAUACACAAGAAGAAAAUGGGAGGAAGAUGCGAAGAAAAACAGUUUGAAUGAAGGUCCUACAUCGUUAAACACGAGUUAUCAAAAAAGUGGCUCCUUUGGUAGAAGACAAGAUGAUUUGAUUAGUUCUAGUGUUCCAAGUACUACAUCAACAGUUACCUCUUCUGCUGGUCUUCAGAAAACACUGCCUGCCAGCACAAACACUACUACAAAGAGUACAACGGGUUCUACUUCAGCAGGUGUACAAAGCAGUACCUCAAAUCGUUUGUGGGCUGAGGAUAGUACUGAGAAAGAAAAGGACAAUAUUCCUACAGCAGUGACCGUUCCUGUUGCACCAUCUAUUGUAAAUGCUACAGCCACUACCACAGCCAUGACUACAGCUACUUCUGGCACUGUGUCCUCAACAUCAGAGGUCAGGGAGAGACGGAGAUCAUACCUCACUCCAGUAAGGGAUGAAGAGUCAGAGUCCCAAAGAAAGGCUAGAUCCAGGCAAGCAAGACAGUCCAGAAGAUCUACACAGGGUGUGACACUGACAGAUCUUCAAGAGGCUGAAAAGACUAUAGGAAGAAGUCGCCCCACACGAACCAGAGAACAGGAGAAUGAAGAAAAAGAAAAAGAAGAGAAAGAAAAGCAAGAUAAAGAAAAGCAAGAAGAAAAGAAAGAAUCUGAGACUAAAGAUGAUGAUUAUAGACAAAGAUAUUCCCGAACUGUUGAAGAGCCAUAUCAUCGCUAUAGACCAACUUCAACUUCAACUUCUUCGUCAUCCACCUCUUCGCUCUCCACCUCUACUAGCUCUCUUUCAACUUCAAGUCAACUAAACAGACCAAACAGCCUUAUAGGUAUAACUUCUGCCUAUUCUCGGAGUGGAACAAAGGAAAGUGAGAGAGAAGGGGGCAAAAAAGAGGAAGAAAAGGAGGAAGAUAAGUCACAGACUAAAUCAAUAAGGGAAAGGCGGCGACCAAGAGAAAAACGACGAUCUACAGGAGUCUCCUUUUGGACUCAAGAUAGUGACGAAAAUGAACAGGAGCACCAGUCUGAUUCAGAAGAAGGAACAAACAAGAAAGAAACUCAGAGUGAUAGCCUUUCAAGAUAUGAUACAGGAUCCCUCAGCAUGUCUUCAGGUGACCGUUAUGAUUCAGUGCAGGGGCGAUCUGGGCCACAGAGUUACCUUGAAGAUCGAAAACCCUACUGCAGUAGACAAGAUAAAGAAGAUAGCACUGAUUUUAAGAAGCUUUAUGAACAGAUUCUAGCUGAAAAUGAAAAACUGAAAGCACAGUUACAUGAUACCAACAUGGAACUUACAGAUCUUAAACUACAGUUGGAAAAGACCACUCAGAGACAAGAAAGAUUUGCUGACAGAUCACUCUUGGAAAUGGAAAAAAGGGAAAGAAGAGCUCUAGAAAGAAGGAUAUCUGAAAUGGAAGAGGAACUGAAAAUGCUACCAGAUCUGAAGGCAGACAACCAGAGGCUAAAAGAUGAAAAUGGGGCCUUGAUCAGAGUUAUAAGCAAACUUUCCAAAUAAAGGGUUUACUACAGCAGCGAAUAACGGCAUUGCACAUCACUAGUAACUCCAGUGGACCAUAGUAUGGCAGUCACUGGAAGUGUGGGAAGAUCCCUUGGAGACUGUCAUUUUCAGAUAUCCUGCCAAACGCCCUCUUACCUGUGUGUUUUUUUUGUAUCAAGAUCAUUGUUUCUGUUAAAAUGCAGCUGCUGAGAAGAUAAAAUGACUGAGAAAUCUUGUUUACAGCUACAGCAUAAUAAGGAAAGUGUUCAAGGCCAGAUACGCCUCAGAUAUUUAACCAGUAAGCCUUAGUUGUACAUAAACACUUUUACAUCAACAAAAGCUUUCAGCUCUCACAGAAGACAGUUACUCAAUAACGUUUUUUUUGUGCCACAGUUCCCAUUUUUUUUCCCUAUAUUCAGUUUUUCUUUAAAUCUUAAGUUUGGAUUUGUUUUUUUCCCUUCUAAUUAUUCAUGUACCAGAUUUUCUUGUACAGUGUUUUCACAGCUUUACCAUUUGCAGAGACCACACACCCUUUUAAAUUACAUAUUUGUGUAGCUACCUAGAGUUGUAUUGUCCAACCACCUGGAACAGAGAUGUUUGGUGGAACAUUUGCUUUCACUGUUUGUGCAAUAUGCAUUUAUUUCCUAUACAAAAUGCUUUAAAAGUCAGUUGAAACUAGAGUUAUUUUAUGAGUCCUGUUUUCUGCCUUUAUUGGUCACUUAAAAAAAAAAAAAAAGUUUGUAGUGAGAGAUGUUAGAUCCUGUAAUUGUCACAUUCAUUUGAGCAGGUACUGAGUGAUGCUGUAUAUAUAAAUGUGUACUGGUUUGAUUUUUUUCAGACCACCACGUGGCAUGCUUGAAUAUAUUUCCCUAUUGCAAAUGUCUGUUAAUGCAAAUUAGGCUACUCCAGAAUAGUGUGUUUAACAAAAUUCAUUAAUUUUUAUGGUAUAAAGAAUUUAGACAUUGUACAUUGUAUGGAGCCCUAUCUUUACAAAAGGUCUAAACUAUAUAAAAUACUUUAUUAUCUUUUCCUCCCAUUUUUUUUCAUUUGAUAGCGUUCACCAUAAUAAAAAAUUGCAUAAAUAUAACUGCUUCACUACAUUUCACAUACCUGUAUUUAUCUGAGUGCUGUCCAAAACUGUUGUGCUAGCCAAAGUAAUGUUACUAAAUCAUUGAAAAACAUAACCCAUUACACUCACAUUAAUGUUUAUAUGCACUGUUGUUGCCAUGUGAGAAGGCAUCUAAUUUGAUAACACCAUCAUGUCAGACCAUUUUAUACAUUUCAGUGGCCUUUAAAAACAAAAAAGUACUUAAGUGAAGAUCGCUUUUGUUAGAAACAAACAGCUUUUAUAUUUUCACUAAACCAUUCAGAAUAUGACAUCUUAUUGGCACAUAGUUUAUUGCCUAAAACCACUGAACAGAUCAGCCAUUAAAACAAAUUGUACAUUGUAAAGCUUGUAGUAGCUAUUGUAUUAUUGAUUAUAUUGUAUACUAUAUUAAAUGUGAAUUUGUACCCCUUCAUUUAAAAAGGUCAUUGUGUUCUACUGCCUACUUGGGGGCGGGGGGGAGGGGGUAGUUUUAUGGGGGUGGGAUAUGCUUUGGUAAGGAAGACAUGAUGUCCUCUCUGUGUUGAUUGGUUUUUUGAAGAUGUAAGGUUAUGCUCUUACUACCAAGCUCAGGAUUCUUGAUUUUAAAGGUACACGGAUAGUUUGAGAUAUCUUAUUGUAAUUGAUCUGUAUGAGAGGUGGGUCUGAACCAUAGGGAACUUCCAUUGUCUUAUGCUAACAUAAAAUAAGCAAAGAAUUUAAACAGUUUGAAUGGCUGCAAUGUAUUGAGUUCUGUUACAAGACAGUUAGGCAUAUUCUGGAUUAUAUUUGGUAAAGUUUGGGUGCCUGUGAAUGAUUAAAUACGUGUUUCUAAUAUUUUAGUGUUUUAUAUUUAGGUUAUUUAUUCUUUAUAUCUAAAAAAAAAAUGAAUGGCUACUGUGCUAUAUUGAUUUUAUUGGUAGUACUGAGCAGACCUUGUAUCUGCAUGAAACUAGUUGCAAAACCCACUAUUUUGGAAAAAAAAAAAUGUAUUUUGACAUAUACAAAUAAAAUGAAUACAAACUAUUUUAAAUGUGUGAAAGUUUUACUGAGAAGACAUUGAAAUUUGUUAUGAAUUUAAACCAUGUUAUAAGUUUGCUAUUUAAAUUCUUCGGGCAUUUUUCAUUCAUUGCAUUACUUGGAUGCAAAGUUCAAGUGCUUUUCAAAGAUUGUAAUCAAAUUGUGAUUAUUUGCACAUCAUUGUACAUGCACAUCUGUAAAUGCAACAGUAAAAAUGCCAUAUUUAUGCGAUCUGUAACAACUUGGACAAAUGUUUAUAUAUUUUACAUAAACCUGUCUGUGUGCAGAAUCUGAGAACCAUUUUUUAUGCGGUGUUACCUGAAUCUCAAAAUGUAGCUGCUAAGCAUGUGUGAUCAUCAUGUUGUACUAGUUGUCUUGCAAACAAAAACAUUCCCAGAAGAUCCUGAUACGACAGAGACAAAACUGUAGUGGAGGACUAUGCUAUUAUUUAGGGGGACAGCUGGAAUAUGAGAAAUACUUUACUGCUAAUUGCUGGCUCUGACUAAGCUCUGUUAAACGGGUAACACAGGAAGAUGGUAAUUCAGCACAGCAACUUAAAACUUUCAGGGUACUUCUCCCAGUGCGGAGAGGGAUCUUUCUGUGCCAGAAUUAACAUCAAAUAAACAUGGAAGCAGCCGGUGCCCGAGAGUUAGAGGCAAAGGGAACACCCAGACGCAUCCACAGCCAUUAACAAAGUCUAACCCUGAGAAGAGCAGGAGUAACUGCAUGUGGAAGGCCGUGCAGGUAGCACAAAUCCCUGGCAGAUGAGGGAGCGUGUCUGUGUCAAGACUGUGUAACUUAGUGGCUCCAUUUCUAACUUUAGCCAUUAGCCUAGGAUAAGAGACUUUGGAGUUGGAACGUCGUUUUUUCCACCCCUACCUCCCUCAUCGUGAAUGAUUUCCUUCCCCAUUCUUCCAUACUGCUUUCAGCCAUUUGCUACUGCCUUUCCAGACUCCAAGAAGAGUAACUAUACUUGUUUUCUUUCUCACUCUGUAGAUUUGUGUUUCUUUGCACAAAAAAGUGCAAAGCAUAACGUGCAAAGUGUAUGUGACAAAGUACAAAGCCUAACAGUCUCGGUGUAUCUGUACUUUAGAAUAUGGUCUUCCAUGCUAAACUUUGGUUUGUGCUCAGAUAAAUAUUAAAACAAAAGGGUUUA